GAGAUGCGGAUUAGCCGAACCGGUUGCCGUGGUAUCUCCGUCUCCCUCCCCUCCGUCGCGGCCGGUCGCGCGCCACCGUCUCCGCCGCGCACACACGGGUCCGGUUGCCAAUCUCCCCACAGAACCAUCCCGUCCUCAUCGCCGCCGCCGCCCAACUCCGCGACCUAGCGUUCCCUAGACCGCCAAUUCCUCCCCCCCAUUUGCUUCGGAAGCUGCCCGAGAUGCACCAUGCGAUGCGGUUGCGCUGCCUCCUCCAGCACCCGCCGCUCUGGUGCAAGUGCAGCUCUCUAGGAAUCUCCACGAGUGGCGGCGGUUGCCUCGUCCGGAGGUUCAGCGCAGUCGGGGCGCCGAGGCCGUGCGAUGCGGGGCGGCGGCUGUGCCGGUUCUACGGUUCCAAGGGCGGCGUAGGCAGCGCGGAGGCGAGGGGCGCCGGGGCAGCGGAGGCGGCGGCAGGGAGCAGCGGACGGUGCAGCGAGCAGGAGCACGCGCGCCUCGGCGAGAGGGACCAGCAGGAGUGGCUGAGCGGCGAGAGAUUCCUCAGCGACUGCAAGAAGCGUGAGUCGCCGUUCCUCACCAGGCGGGAGAGAUUCCGCAUCGAGUUCCGGCGCCGCGUUGUACCGUGGGAGAAGGGAAACCUCACAUGGCAGAAUUUCCCCUACUACGUCAAUGAGAAUGCAAGGCAGCUGCUGCGAGAGUGCACGGCAUCCCACUUGCGGCACAAGGGCAUCACGUCAGAGUAUGGCUCUCGGCUACCAUCCUCUGGAGGGAGGAUAUUGCUCCAGAGCUUGCCAGGAACCGAACUCUACAGAGAGAGAUUGGUAAGAGCUCUUGCACAUGAGUUGCGGGUGCCACUACUAGUCCUGGACAGCAGUGUUCUAGCUCCAUAUGAUUUUGGGGAAGAUUCUUCAGAAAGCGAGGAAGAAGAUGAGCAUGGUGAGUCAGAAGAUGAAGGUUCAGAGUCUGAGAUGGAAGAUGAAGGUGAUGAAGAUUGGACAAGCAGCAACGAAGCUAAAUCAGGUGAAAGUGAUGAUGAGGAUGCUCUAAAAUCUGUGGGAGAACUCAAAAAGUCCGUGGAUGACCUCAAGAAGCUGGUCCCAUGUACUAUUGAGGAAUUUGCCAAGAGAGUAGUUGGUGAAGAAGAAGGUACAUCAUCAGAAUCCCCUGAAACAGCCAAGUCGUCAGAGGAAGAUAAAAGGCCUUUCCAAAGGGGAGAUAAAGUCAAGUAUGUUGGUUCCUCAGCAGUUAUUGAAGCAGAUCAGAGGAUCAUUUUGGGGAAAUUACCUACUCAAGAUGGCUCGAGAAAUGCGUAUACUUUUAUUAGUGGCAGGACUCUGUCAAAUGGGCAGCGGGGAGAAGUAUACGAGAUCAAUGGGGAUCAAGUAGCUGUCAUAUUUGACCCUCCUGCAGAGAAGCUGCAUGAUGGUGACGAAAAUAGCAAGGAGGAAAAUGCAAAACCAUCUAUUUACUGGGUUGAUGCUCAAGAUAUUGCGCAUGACCAUGAUAUUGAAUCAGAAGAUUGGCAUAUCGCAAUUGAAGCACUUUGUGAGGUUCUUCCAUCUCUAGAGCCAGUCAUUGUCUACUUUCCAGACAGUUCCCAGUGGUUAUCUAGAGCAGUUCCAAAAUCAAAUCGAAGUGAGUUUAUCCAAAAGGUAGACAAAAUGUUUGACCAACUCACCGGACCAGUAGUAAUGAUAUGUGGGCAGAACAUGCUGGCAGCAGUAUCCAAGGACAAGGAUAAGGAACCUCCGAAACUGAUGUUUCAGAAUCUCACAAGCCUGUCUUCACUGCCAUCGUCCCUGAAGCGUUGGCUAAAAGUACAAAACGAUUCAAGACCCAGUGAUAUAGCAAAGAUCUUCACAAACAGUUUCGUUGUUCCCCUUCCAGAGGAAGGUGAGCAACUAAGAGUUUUCAAUAACCAGAUUGAAGAGGAUAGGAAAAUUAUUAUUUCAAGGCAUAACCUCGUUGAAUUACACAAGGUUCUUGAAGAGAAUGAACUAUCAUGCGUGGAGCUUAUGCAUGUGAAGUCUGAUGGUGUCGUUUUGACAAAGCAAAAAGCGGCGAAAGUUAUUGGAUGGGCUAGAAGUCAUUAUCUGUCAUCAACAGUUCUUCCCUCUAUUGAGGGUGAGAGAUUAACCAUUCCACGUGAGAGUCUUGAUUUAGCCAUCGAGAGGCUGAAGGAGCAGGUUACUAAAUCUAAGAAUCUUUCUCAAAAUCUCAAGAAUUUGGCAAAAGAUGAGUACGAACGCAAUUUCAUAUCUUCUGUUGUACCUCCUGAUGAAAUUGGAGUGAAAUUCGAUGAUAUUGGCGCGCUUGAGGAUGUCAAGAGGACACUGGAUGAGCUCGUUGCUCUUCCAAUGAGGAGACCAGAGCUUUUUUCUCACGGCAAUUUAUUAAGGCCCUGCAAAGGUGUUUUGCUUUUUGGUCCUCCUGGCACAGGAAAAACACUCUUGGCAAAGGCACUCGCGACUGAAGCUGGGGCAAAUUUUAUCAGCAUAACCGGUUCUACAUUGACAUCAAAGUGGUUUGGAGAUGCUGAGAAGUUGACGAAGGCACUUUUCUCUUUUGCUAGCCGACUAGCUCCUGUCAUCAUAUUUGUAGACGAGGUUGACAGCUUACUUGGCGCCAGAGGGGGUGCACUUGAGCAUGAAGCAACAAGGAAGAUGCGGAAUGAAUUUAUGGCAGCUUGGGAUGGUCUAAGGUCCAAAGAGAACCAACGGAUCCUUAUUCUUGGUGCUACGAAUCGUCCAUUUGAUUUAGACGAUGCUGUUAUACGGCGUUUACCUAGACGGAUAUAUGUUGGCCUUCCAGAUGCGGAAAACCGAAAGAAAAUUCUCAAGAUUUUACUGGCUAAAGAAAACUUAGAAUCUGAUUUUAAAUUCGAUGAACUUGCUAAUGCGACAGAAGGUUAUUCAGGAAGUGAUCUGAAGAACCUAUGCAUAGCUUCAGCAUACAGGCCAGUUCAGGAACUUCUAGAAGAAGAAAAGAAGGGACGUGUGAGUAGCAACAGCACUCACUUAAGACCCCUUGUAUUGGAUGAUUUUAUACAGGCAAAAGCCAAGGUAAGCCCGUCUAUUUCUCAUAACGCAACAAGUAUGAACGAAUUAAGAAAAUGGAACGAACAGUAUGGUGAAGAUGGCAGCAGGACAAAAUCGCCGUUUGGGUUUGGCAACUGACAUGUUACAGUAGCAAAGUGUUGUUUGUAAAAUCAAUAGGCUGCCUAUUUAGUGACAGGAAGUCGGCCCCCAUUUUUCGCCCAGAGCCUAUUUAUACAGCCUCUCAGUGAUCCUGUACAAAUAGCAAAAUAUCAAGUCAAACGACAAAUUCCAAGUUUUCCUGUAGCUGGUACUACCGGGGAUUCCCCAAUUUUCCAACAUUGCAACGCUGAGCUACAAAUUUGCUCCAGCUCUGCAAGAGCCUGACCCAGGUGUAAGUAGCACCAGAAAGUUUCAGUUGUUGUAUGGCACUAAUUCCUUGGACUUCAACUCAAUUUAGUAUUUUUUUUCAUUAUAGCCCUCCAAUGUUUCCAGACCACAAUGAUGCUAUAGUAUUGCCUGUGUCGGUGUGUAAUAAAGAUAACAUUUUGAGUUUC